CAAGUGAGUCUCCUCAGUAGCAGACUCGCCACCCCUGAGUGCACACGCUUCAGUUAUGGCUGAAUGUAUGCCAGUUAGAGCUCGAAAAAUUUACAAAGUCAGAAGAGAAUCGCGUGAGGACGACUAUCGUUCGCUUUACAGAUUUAGUAGGGAGAGUGUUUUGUGGUUAACCGAUCAUUUUUUGGGAGAAGAUGAAGAACGUCGCGGUGGAGCCUUAACAAACGUUAACCGAAUGAAAGUGUUUCUACGGUAUUUGGGUGACCCAGGCUUUCAAUUUGGAGUAGGAGAGGACAUCGGAGUCCACAGAUCAACUGUAUCCAAGACAAUUUCUUCAGUUAGGACUGCAGUUCUAAACAAGGCUGAUGUAUGGAUUAAGUUUCCGACAACCGAAGAAGAAAUGGAAGUGGAGAAAGCCAAGUGGCAAACAAACUACAGUUUCCCGAAUUCAAUAGGUGCAAUUGAUUGCACUCAAAUCCCCAUUGUAAAGCCGUUUUUACACGGGGAUGAGUAUAUCAACAGAAAAACGAUUUGCAAGUGUUAA